ACAAUGUCGGCUUCGGGUCCCAUAAGCAACUAUUAUGUAGAUUCCUUGAUUAGUCAUGAGAGCGAAGAGCUGCUGGCGUCCAGGUUUCCAGCGACUGGCUCGCACCCCGCCGCGGCCAGACCGUCAGGAUUAGUGCCGGAGUGCGCGGAUUUUCCGUCCUGCAGCUUUGCCCCCAAACCGGCCGUUUUUACAACUUCGUGGGCGCCCGUGCAUUCCCAGUCGUCCGUGGUCUACCACCCGUACACGCACCACCAGCCUCACAUUGGAGCUGACACCCGGUAUAUGCGCACUUGGCUGGAGCCUAUCUCCGGCGCUGUCUCCUUCCCAGGUUUUCCAGCCAGCAGCCGGCACUACGGGCUUAAACCCGACGCCUUCCACGGCCGCAGGGACUGCGGACCGGUGGAUGGACGUAGUUAUCCGGAUUAUAUGUACGGAUCCCCGGGAGAACUCAGGGACAGAACCCCGCAGACUAUUCCCUCCCCGGAAUCUGAGGCCAUCGCUUCCAACAAACACAAAGAAGAAAAGACCGAAUUGGACCCUAACAAUCCCGUGGCAAACUGGAUUCACGCACGUUCUACAAGAAAGAAAAGAUGUCCCUACACGAAAUAUCAAACGCUGGAAUUAGAAAAGGAGUUUUUGUUCAAUAUGUACCUAACUCGGGACCGCCGUUAUGAAGUGGCCAGAGUUCUUAAUCUCACGGAACGCCAAGUCAAAAUCUGGUUUCAGAACAGGAGGAUGAAAAUGAAGAAAAUGAACAAGGAGAAAACCGAUAAUAAAGACCAGCAGUGA